AUGCACAAAUUCUACGCACUGAGGUACUGGGGCUGCGAGUUGCUGUGUCUCAUCAACAUCAGCUUGCAGCUAUGGAUGAUGGACAGCUUUUUCGAUGGCGAGUUCCUGUCGUACGGCACCAGGGUCCUGGGUUAUAGCGAGGUGCCGCAGGAAGAGAGAUAUGAUCCCAUGAUAUACGUGUUCCCGAGGGUGACGAAGUGUACAUUCCACAAGUUUGGCGCGUCCGGCGGCAUCCAGACGCACGACAGCCUCUGCAUCCUGCCGCUGAACAUAGUCAACGAGAAGACCUACGUCUUCCUCUGGUUCUGGUACAUCAUACUACUUGUGGUGUUAUGUCUGCUCAUUGUGUACAGGCUGGUGAUAAUCUUGAUGCCGUCGAUCCGUCCGCGGCUACUACACGCCCGCUCGCGCACUAUCGCUAUGGACAUGGCUGUGGCGGUGUCGCGGCGCACCGACCUAGGCGACUGGUGGCUGCUUUACAUGCUCGCCAGGAACAUGGACCCGCUCAUAUACAGUGAGCUUAUAUCGGAGCUGGCUAAGUGCAUGGGCGAGAAGCCAGCGCCGCGCGCGUGA